AUGCACUAAACACUUGUAUAAUUACUUUCUACAUGAUAUUUUUGCGUUAAGAUAAUUCUAUACGCAAUAGAUUAAUAUGAGGAGUACAAUGUAAAACCAAUAAAACAAGUGGAGGCACCUCAACCAACCAAUAGGAAUUCCGCUUCUUAGGAUGUUGUACGGGGGAGAUUUACUCAACGGGAGAGCAAGUUAGAAGCAAAACUGGGCUUCACCAAUGUUUAGAAGAAAUUUAUGCCGUAAUGGCUUCCCAUAAAGGCCCGUCAUCGGAGUUAAAGCAACAAUUUGUUACCAAAGAAGGUGUUUACAGACUUAUGACUUUAUCUGAGUAUUCAAGACCGAAUAAAAUGCCAUACUCCGUGCAACAAUGUCAUCCUGUAAGGGUCUCAUUUGUGACGGUCAAAGAACCUGGAGGAUGCAACGAUCGUAUCGCAUUUAAUGUUGGSAGAGACUUGUAUUUCUACAUAUACAAAGGGGUAAGAAAGGCUGCUGAUCUUACAAAGCCUCUGGAUAAACGRGUCUACAAGGGAACAAUUCCAACUUGUCAUGACUUUAAUCUUCUAACAAGAUGUUCAGAAAGUUUAGAAUUAUUGAUAGGUUUUUCUGCUGGUCAAGUGCAGUUAUUGGAUCCAAUACGUCAUGAAGUGAACAAGCUUUUCAAUGAAGAUAGAACAGUUGACAAGACAAAAGUUACCUGUUUAAAGUGGAUUCCAGGCUCUGAAUCRUUGUUUUUAGUAUCACAUGAAAGUAGCAAUAUGUAUGUAUACAACAAAGAAAAUCCACCAGGUACCGGUCCUCCUCAGUAUGCACUGAUGAAGCAAGGGCCUGGGUAUAUUGUAGCAAGUGGAAAAUCCAAGACAACUAGAAAUCCUGUCUGCAAAUGGACAGUUGGUGAAAAUGGUAUCAAUGAAUUUUGCUUUUCUCCUGACUGUAAACAUUUAGCAGUUGUUACACAAGAUGGUUGCCUGCGAGUGUUUGAUUUUGAUGCUCAAACACUAUAYGGUGUAAUGAAGAGUUAUUUUGGAGGAUUAACAUGUACCUGUUGGAGCCCUGAUGGCAAGUAUAUUGUAACAGGGGGAGAAGAUGAUCUGGUUACUGUAUGGUCAUUUCAUGAGCGUAGAGUUAUAGCCAGAGGGCAAGGACAUCAAUCAUGGAUAAGUGUUGUAUCAUUUGAUCCUUAUACCACAAGUUUUAGUGAAGAUGGCCAUGUAGAUGAAAGUGAUGAAGAAGAUAUAGAGGAAAACGGGCCACAACCCUGUCAUUCAUCUCCUAAUGCAGGUGUCACAUCAUAUCGUUUUGGAUCUGUUGGACAUGACACAAUGCUCCUAUUAUGGGACUUGGGUGGAGAUGUUUUGAGGCCACAGAGGGCCAGAGGUCGCAGUGUUAGAGCACAUACAACCUCCAAUUCACAUCUUCUUAAUUCGAAUUCUAUUUGUAAUGGACCUGUUAAUAGUUGGGAGUCUUCAUCAAGUGAGCACACAAAGAGUUUGACAAAAGUACAUAGUCUUAGUAAAUCAGUUGAACAGUUAGUAACUGUUAAAAACUAUUCUCCAGGCACUGCAUUGUGCCCUCGAAUGGAAGAUGCACCUAUGUUGGAGCCCUUAGUUGCAAAAAAGAUUGCAUAUGAGAGAUUAACAGACAUUAUUUUUAGAGAGGACUGUAUUGUAACAGCCUGCCAGGAAGGAUUCAUUAGAACAUGGGCACGACCAGGUAAAGUGGGCGUUGUGACAAUGGGAACUGUAGUAUGAUUGAUCAAGGGAAGCAUAACAUGUGCAAUGGCAACAAUGAACCAUAGAUGUAACAUAAUUAAUUGCACAUAUAGAAUCACUAUAACUUGUACAAAGGGUAGAAAAGGUGCAUUUAACUAAUCCACUUCAUAGAUUUUAUAAACAUUGGACAAGGAUUUAUCUAGUACUUUUUGCCCUUUUUACAACUUUAUUCCUUAUUUGUCAAUUUGCAUAGGAACCAUUUGGUACAUAGGUUAGUAUUUACAGGAAAACCAAUGAUUCRGCUAGUGAGACAAUGGUCCAGUAAUGACAAUCAUUGGUCUUUCUGUUGUAUAUGUCAUUAGKAUUAGAAUUGUAAAAUGCCACUCAAAGCUCGCACCUACCUUAUGCUGACGCAUAUGCAAUAAARCAACUAUGGUUACCUCUAUUUCACUGCCAAACAAUAGAACUGAAUAUAUCAAUGUAAUUAUUACUUAGACAUUAAUAUGGCAGCAUCAAUUCAACCAUGUUUAACUACAUGUAGAUGAAAGGUUUUAUAUUUUUCUUUAAAAUAUUUAAUGAUAUUGUAAAGCAUUUAGACCAAUGUUGUUAUCAUACAUGGAUGGGCUGCCUGUGCUGUUAUGAGCAAAAGAUUAUGUUGAUUCACAUGUAAAUAGUUUUUGUGUUUCUCUUUUUUGUCAUAACUCAAAUUAGUAUUAAAUGACAUUACUCAACAGUAGAAAACAUGGAGGCUGCACUUGAAUGCAAAAUUUUAUGCAUUUAUUUUUUUUCUGUGUGUGUUAAUGUAAGUYAUAAAUUUAUUGAUGAAUAAAUACAAAAUAUAUUGAAAAACAGAAUGCAAAAAAAAAAAAAAGCACAAGUGUGCCAUUUUCUUUGCUUGAUUCAUGAUAGCAUGCUCUGUGGAUUAUUCCAUGAGGUAUAAGCAAGGUGGGAUACAUGCAAAUCUAUGGCAUCCUGCCACUGGUAAUUUACACAUAGAAAUUUAUACGAGAUCAUGUGAACCAAGCAAGGUAAGAACAYGCAUACUUUCCUUGUUCUGCUUUUGAUAMUUUUUGUAUUUUGUUGUUGUUAUAUUCAAAAAACAAAUAAUAGAGAAAAUAAUUGCAUAAAAGAAAGCAUGGAAGGGGUGUGCUGCCUAAGUUGAGACUGCAUGCUAUGUAUCCAUGAAAUUUCACUGAUUUUAUGCUAUCAUCACAGAAAAGUCUUUUUCAGACAGGAGGCAUGAUGGUAUAAAGUAAUGUUACUUCUCAAAACUCCAAUUGUUUUCUAUUGUUUUGCAUUAGUGUAUAUUUCCCAAAGGUUGCCUAGAUGAGGGUAUCAGAUCUCUCUCUCUUUUCCCGUAUUGAUAUUUAGGCAUUCUCAGCAUUUAUUCCCAAUCCAUUUCAUACUGGACUCUCAACUCCUCUUACAGUAAUGAAGAAGUGUAUACAAUUCCUUUUUUUUAUCAUGGAUAUUUAGCAUGCACCUGACAAAUGAUGAUCAUCAUAAAAAUCUUGAUACAAAUAUAGUCAAUUUCAUAUGGGUGAGAAAGGCUACAAUGGUGAUAGAUGAUUUCAUGAUUUACACUACAUUUUAAGGGAUUGAGGUGCAAUAUAAGGGUUGCAUGAUGGGGCAAUAGCAUAAUUGUACUGUAUUACAGAUUGAAAAUGAAGGUGUUUGUGGUAAUUGACACUUGCCAACAUGGAUUCAUUUUUGUUUAAUUUUUCGCUCCUGCUCAUAUGAAAUUGACAGUACAGGAAUAAGAUUAUAAACUUAUCACCACGUGUAUGUGGUGCUGAAAUACUUAGUUCAAAGAAUAAAAUGAACAUGGCGUU